AUGAACAAGCACCCGCUCUUCAUGACCUCUCUCCCGGCCGACGAAGACAACGAGGAGCUCGCGGCGCUGCAGGCGCUGGCGUACGAGGGCACCCCGCUCGAGAACGCGCAGAACUUCAAGGAGCAAGGAAACGAGUGCUUCAAGGCCAAGCAGUGGAAGGACGCCAAGGAGUUUUACGGUAAGGGCAUCGCGGUCUUGGUCAAGGCCGACAGGGAGAGGCGGGAUCCGGCGUUCAAGGCGAAGGUCGAGGAGGAGGAGCGGAAGAAGGAAGAGGAGAAGCGCAAGGCGGCGGCCGGGGGUGAUGCCAAGGCGAAGAUGGAGGCGGAUCUGGAGAAUGUCCAGGCUGAGAUGCCUAUACCUCACAAGCCUGCUGAAGAGGAGGAGAAGAAGGAAGACGAGCUAAGUGAAGAAGAGACCAUCAAGCAGGAAGCUUCCCUGCUCGAAACCCUCUACUGCAACCGCGCCGCCUGCCACCUCUCGCUCGCCAACUACCGCUCCUGCACGCUCGACUGCGCCGCCGCGCUCCGCCUCAACCCGUCCAACCUCAAGGCGCUGUACCGCUCCGGCCGCGCUCUGCUGUCCGUUUCCAAGAUCGCCGAGGCCGACGACGCGUGUGCGCGCGGUCUCGAGAUCGAUCCCAACAACGCCGCCCUCAAAACCUUGGCCCGCGACCUGAUCGCCAAGAACGAGGAAAUCACCCGUAAGCAGCGAGCGGAGGAGGCGCGCCUGGAAAAAGAGCGGCGCAAGAAGACGCUCAAAAAGGCCGCGCUCGAGGCCCGCGGUAUCAAGACCCGCGCGACCAACGACCCGCCCUCGAUGGAGGAUGCCUGCAUCCAGCUUGUUCCCGACCCGCUCGACCCUCAGUCGGAGCUGUCCUUCCCGGUUAUGUUGCUGUACCCGCUGAAGCUGGAGAGCGAUUUCAUCAAGGAGUUUAGGGAGACGGAAAGCGUGGGGCAGCACUUGGAGUAUAUCCUGCCGGAUAUGCCAUGGGAUGAGGACGAAGAAUACAACAGGCCGGAUAAGGUGGAGUGUUAUAUGGAGAGCGUGACGGGCGGGUUGAUCAAGGUGCCGCAGAAGGCGAGCCUGUUGAGGGUGUUGAGUAGUGGGAAGACAGAGGUGGUGGAUGAGUUGGUUAGAGUGUUUGUGGUGCCCAAGGGUGCGAAGGCGGAGGGCUGGAUCAAGGAGUGGAAGGAGAAGAAGGCGGGGGAGAAGAAGUGA